CUUCCAUGGUCCUGAGUCACAAACUGGGUGAACAAGCCAUAGUCGCCAAUACACACUCAGAGGAACAACAAUAUUGAUUUAAUCAAGCCCUCAACCUUCCGAAUUUCGAAACAACGUCUGAAUGUAUAUAAAAAAUGGCUUCGUUUUUUCAUUGGACAUUGAAACCCAGACUUGUUUAAGCAACCGCGGUUCGCGUGCACAUUUGGUUGCUUGUAACGCGAUCACCAUGCCGCUCGCUCGUGACCUGUUACAUCCGUCUUUUCGAGAGGAGAAGCGAAAGUGCAAAUUGAAACGUUUGGUUCCCUCACCAAAUUCCUUUUUCAUGGAUGUUAAGUGUUCAGGCUGCCUAAAAAUCCAGAUUGUUUUCAGUCAUGCACAGACAGCUGUAGUUUGUCCUGGAUGUGACCGAAUUCUAUGUCAGCCCACUGGUGGUAGAGCACGGCUGGCUGAUGGAUGCAGUUACCGCAAGAAGGCGAAAUGAUUUUCUUGUAAAUUCCGAUUGUUAUAAUAAACUUAUGGAAACAAUUUAUUUCUAACGGUUCUCGUACCUAUUACUAGUACAGCUUUAUCCUGAGCUGGUCACGAUAAGACGAACUGUACGUCAGUGUUAGUUGCUUGUCCACACCAUCCAUGAUCAUUAAGCAAGUUCGUAAGGCUGGUUAUGUCCAUGAACUACCAAUUAACAGUUCCUCCGCGUCCCGCAAAACAUGUAAACAUGUGUCCUAACUGAAGAGUCAAUGUACUUCUCCGUGUAUUUAAUGAGUAGCUAAUCGUGUUCAAGUGUAUCAGUUGUCUGUUGGUUCUGUUAAACAUGUAUCUCCCUAAAUUUAAGCCUUGAUUACGGUAUGCUUUUGAUAUCUGUAGUUAUGUAAUUCUCCGGGACAUCAUUUACAUUUUGCCGUCACUCCGCUUCUCUAGUGCUAGAGUCCCCAAUAAUUUACGUGGUUUUAAUUUAGCUCUUGUUCAAGGUAACUUUGUUUCAGAUAGUUGGUGAUAUUUUUUAGUGAAUAUGGUAAUCUAGUUGUAAGUGUUUUUAUUCUCCCGUCAGGUGGUAAAGAAGAAUCCAACUUUAUUUCAAUUUGAGUACCUGGAGUUAUAAUUGAGGUCGUUAAGAAAAGCUCAAAGUCGAUUGUAUGUAUGUAUCUAUUCUUAAUAAAUUAGUAACACCUAUUCAGCGUUUAUCAUUGUAUAGUUGCACUGAACCUCUACACAAUGUGGCUUGAGUAACACCGUGUCUGGUUUGUGAGUGAAAGUGAGGAAUCUCCACACUCGUGAGAACGUGUAUUGUAUUUUACUACCUCUAUCUGGAAACGGUUCUUUUCGUAGACAUGGACUGGGAUUUUGCCUUAUAUAUUAAUUGGACUGAUAUUAUAUACAAUCUAGUUAGUCUACAAACGUAUGUGCUAAAACAUUGAAUGUAUUUUACUCCAUACGAACAGCCGUUUCAUCUCAAUUCAGUAACUACUUGCUAUUCAUCCUUCGGUCCAACUUAUUUGUCUUUGAUACAUCUGGUUGUUUUGCCUCAGUAAUUAUUAAAUCAGUCUACUCAUCAAUUUAGAGGGCUUUCAUCCUAAUCCUGGAUUGUGUCGCUACCAAGGCUUGACUUGGUAAUUGCAAAUAAAUUGAGCACGGGGUGUACAUUUUAUUAUAAUUAAAUAAUAUGUCUGCAAUAUCUCUUUUGAUUUACAAAUAUUGUAUGAUCAUAAUUUCACAUUGUUUAUUUGUCAUCAUAAGUAGUCAUGUGCACUAAAUCAGAACUAUUAAUUGAACCUUAUUUGAGUAUAGCUUUACUAAAUAAGUAAAUCAUACGACUCAGCAGUGAUGGAUUGAUGUUUUUGUCAGUUUGAUUUUCAACAUUUUGGAAAUAAUUAUUCUCCGAUUAACCUUGGCAGUAUUGUUGUUUAGUCAAUGAAUAUGUUAGUUCGCGCUGCUAUUCUACGUCACAUUAGGGGAAUAAUCUUUAUAGCCCAAGGGCAACAUGCUUUCCGUGCUAGUCACUCAUAUAUUGGUUGUUAUCCAAGAUAUAAGUAUUACAAUAGGUAUGAAUUUUAUAGAUUUCGGUUAUAUAUGCCACCUAGGCCUUAAAGCAGCACUGGAG